AAACACCCGAUCGCCAGCGCAGCAGCAGAGCGAGGCGUAGUGACCCGACUGCAGAGAGGGAAGAGCGAGAAAGAGAAGAAAGUGACUGGGGAUCACCGAUCGGUGGCAGUAACGAUGGCGGCGAGUUAUGAUUUUGGAGAGGAAGAGUUUCAGGCAUGCUGUGGAAGCUCCAAAUUCGCCAGAGAAAUGGUUUCCGUUUCCCCUUUUUUCUCCUUGGAACAAGCUGUAGAUGCAGCUAGACGCAUCUGGUUUAAUCAGGUCGAUGUGAAUGGUUGGCUGGAAGCAUUCUCUGCUCAUCCACAGAUUGGUCAAGCCUCCAAAUCAUCCAAUCAGACGAGUGCUCAAUGGAGUAAGGGAGAGCAGUCAACUGCACUGGCAACUGCUACUGGUUCUAGCUUACAGGAGCUAGCUGAAUGGAAUAUUCAGUACCAGAAAAAGUUUGGAUUUAUAUUUCUUAUUUGUGCAUCUGGAAGGAGCACCGACGAAAUACUUGCAGAAUUAAAGAAACGGUAUUCAAAUAGACCCAUAGUUGAGUUUGAGAUUGCUGCUCAAGAGCAAAUGAAAAUAACAGAACUGCGUCUUGCAAAGCUUUUCUCGACGAAACAAAAUGCC